AUGUUUUUAUUACUUAAAGAUUUUCUUAUGAAUGAAAAACAUCAAAAUAUCUCUUUUACAAUUGGGUAUUAUUUAAAAAGCAAAUUAGGAAUUCAAGGAUAAAAACUUUAAGAAAAUGGAAAUAUAUUGGCAAUGAAAAAUAUAAAAAGGUUUUUGGGUUUUUUGAUUUCUAAUAUGAUGCUAACUUUAAUUCAAAUAAAUGCUGAGAAAUUGAGAGAAGCAAUAAAACUUUGUAGAAACUUAACAUAAGAUAAGUAAUAUGAUGAAGACUUAAAAUUAAAAAUUUUUUCACAAUAAAUACAAAAUAUUAUUCACAAUUUGGACAUCUAUCUUACAAACACAUAGAUUAUUCUUAAAAUAAUGACACUUAAUUUAAGCAAAAAAAAGAAAAAGUGGAAGGUGAAAAUUUUGUAAAAAUUAAUAACUUGUUGGAACUAUUGCAGAUAUUAUAAUUAUAUAUCAUAUGGGAUUAAGACUAAGAAAAUUAAACACAAAAUCGAAAAGCAAUUGACGAGAAAGGUAUUGAAGAUGAAGAUAGGAGAAAAUUAAUUUAGGAAGAAUUAAUAAAUUUUGAUUUUAAGGAAGAUAAAUUCUCAUUCCUUCAGUUACCAGCAACUCUGCAAAAUAGAAACAAGAUUAGGGGAAAAGUUGAAAAAUUGA